GUUAAAUUAAAAUUAUGUAGCUUCGAAGUGGAAAAUUAAAUCAACCUCCAAAAAGAUAAUACAUCUCUCCAUAUCAAAUAUUUUAUAAAGAGCAACUAAAAAUAUUGUUGAGUUAAGGAGUCGGGAUAAAUAUGGUUGGCGCUCAAAUCUAAAAGGCAUGGUCGGAAAUGUCAUCCGAAAUGCAUGAAUAUUACGAAGAUUAAUUUGAAUAAUGUGAAGACAAAUAUUAAGAGCAGCUCAUCUACUUUUAUGGAGGGGAUCAAAAACAAAUCAACCAAUUGAAUGAACUCAAAAAUAUACCAUCAAAACCAAAAAGGCCUCUCACUCCUUAAUUUGAGUACGUGAUUAAAAAUAGACACAAAUUUUCAUCUAAAAAUUAUAAUUGGAAAUAGUCCUUCUCAAUUUUGGUUGAUGAAUAUUGUAAAUAAUCACAACGAGUCAGAGAGCAAUUAGAGGUUGACUUCGAAAGAAAAAUGAAAGAUUACAAAGAGGCAAUUGAAAAAUGGAAUGAGUAAAGAAUAUUAUGUCAUUUUUAGAAAGUAUGCAGAAAAAUAUAAAACCUUAAAAAAAAAUACUAUCGAAAUAUAUAAAAAGCAGAAGAGUGACGCUGAAUUCGAAUACCAAGAAUUACAAUUUGUCAGGACUGUCAGAAAACUCAGUUCAAAUAAAAAAGACGAAUUGACUUAAAAUUAUAGUGGUUGUAAGGAUGACAAGAAUACUCAUAUGAGAAAUGAGGAUUUUGGUCUGAGAGAAGUGGAUACAAAUAUCGAAUAAUUUGCAGAAGAGAGUUAACUAGUAGGAUCGAAAAAAUCAAAGAAGGCAAGAUGA